GGCGCUGCGGGGGCGCGGGGCGCGGGGCUGGGGUCGGGUCGGCGGCCCGAGGCGCCCGAGCGGGGUGCGCGCAGCGGGCCGCGGCCGCCGAGCAGCCAUGGCGGAGGCCGCGCCGUCCCACCUGGCGCUGCCCUCGGGUCUGCUGGAGCUGUGCGCGCUGCUGGGGCCCUCCCGGGACAGCCUCCGCGGCCCCGAGGUGUCCUUCAAGCAGGGGGUCGGCAGCCCCUCUCCUCUCGAUCCAGAGGUCCUGUCCGUGUUUGUGCCUCCUUUCGUCACUAAGGAGGAAAGUCAGACGGCCGGCGUCUCUUCUGCGACUCUGAGCAAGACCAGAAGGCGCUCCUUCAGGAAGAAGAGGGACAAGCCCAAAGCAGAGCCCUGGAAGGGCCUCCCUCCUGAAGACGUUAGUGUCCCCGAUGGCGUGGACCUGCUCGCCCUGCCUCAGCUCUGCUUCCCAGGGGGCAUGUACGUGGCCUCGGAGCCGAAGGAGGACUGUGUCCACUUCCUGGUGCUGACCGACGUCUGUGGGAACAGAACGUAUGGCGCGGUGGUCCAGUACUAUCGGCCCCUGCGUGACGCAUCGUGUUUCUACAAUGGCAAGGCGCACUGGGAGCCGUCCUGGCCGACGGCGGGCGUGGCUGGCUGCUUUGUCCCCUUCGCCGUGUGCGUGGUCUCCAAGCUGCCCUAUUACAAUGCCCUCAAGGACUGCCUGUCCUGUUUAUUGACUCAUCUGAAGCUCUGUAAAGAUUUCGAAGUUGACAAUCACAUAAAAGAUUUUGCUGCAAAACUGUCUUUAAUACCUAGCCCGCCACCUGGACCCCUUCAUUUGAUAUUUAACAUGAAGCCACUGCAGAUCGUGUUUCCCUCCCGUGCGGACCCCGAGAGCCCGGUCAUCGACUUGGACCUCCACUUGCCGUUGCUGUGUUUCAGGCCCGAGAAGGUGCUGCAGAUCCUGACGUGCCUCCUCACGGAGCGGCGGACCGUGUUCUUCUCCUCCAGCUGGGCUCUGCUGCCGCUGGUGGCCGAGUGCUUCCUGGCCUACCUGCACCCGUUGCAGUGGCAGCACACGUUCGUGCCCAUCCUGUCGCGCCAGAUGCUGGACUUCGUCAUGGCGCCGACGUCCUUCCUCAUGGGCUGCCACCUCGACCACUUUGACGAAGUCAGCAAGGAAGCUGAUGGCCUAAUUCUGAUAAAUAUGGAUAACGGGAGCGUCACGUGUUCUGAUGACCGGGAGGUCGACGUCCCCGACAUCCCCCUGCUGGCGGCGCACACGUUCAUUCAGAGGAAAGGGGCCCCAGCUCUCCCGGGCGGAGUGUUGCAGAGUGCCCAGGGUCCAGAGCCUGCGGCUGCACCACGAGCUGGACCUCGCGCACCUGGGCGCCAGCACGGACCUGAACGAGGGGCGCGCACGCCGGCGGGCCUGGCAGCGGAGCCUCAACUGCCAGGUGCAGCACGCGGCACUGCAGCUGCUCGUGGACGUCUUCAGGGAUGUGAAGAACCACCUGAAUUACGAGCACAGGGUGUUCAACAGCGAGGAGUUUCUCAAAACCAGGGCUCCGGGCGACCAGCGGUUCUACCGGCAGCCCGGCUCAGCAGAAGGAUGGACGCCUUCGCCCAGAUGGACCUCCACACGCAGUCCGAAGAGGACAGAUUAAACGGGAUGCUGGUAAGCCCAAGAAGACCCACCAUCGAGAAGAUGACCUCACGGAAAUUCUCGCCCCUGCACAUCGCCCACAGGCGAAUGGUAGUCAGCAUGCCCAACCUGCAGGACAUCGCCGUCCCCGAGCUGCCCGCCCGGAACGCGUCGCUUCGCAAAGUGGACACCGCGGGCUGCGGAAGCGGCAGCAUAGCUCUGAAUGUGAGUCCGAAGCCGACGUACACGUUCAAGAUCCCGGAGAUCCACUUCCCGCUGGUGAGCCAGUGCGUUCAGGCCUACUAUGCCGACUGCAUCGCCCAGCUCACCAAGGCCAUGAGCCUCCUGGCCCCCGACAACUCUGUGCUCCUGGCCCGGUACUUCUACCUCCGCGGGGCGGUGCACCUGAUGCACGGGCAGCUGCUGGACGCCCUGCUGGACUUCCAGAGUCUCUACAAGACAGACAUCCGGAUCUUUCCCGCCGAUCUUGUGCGGAGGACGGUGCGGUCCCUGUCGGGCCCCCAGCGCGCCCAGGCCGAGCAGGUGCCUGAGCUGCGACGGCUCAUCAGCGAGGUGGUGGACAAGGCCGGCGAGGCCACGAAGCCCGACGACCGCGUGAAGAACUUCGAGCUGCCCAAGAAGCACAUGCAGCUGGAUGAUUUCGUGAGGAGGGUCCAGGAGUCAGGCAUCGUGAAGGACAUCGACAUCAUUCACCGACUGUUUGAGGCGCUCACCGUGGGACACGAGAAACAGAUCGACCCAGAAACAUUCAAAGAUUUCUACAACUGCUGGAAAGAGGCAGAAGCAGAGGCCCAGGAGGUCAGUCUGCCUCUGUCGGUGAUGGAGCGUCUGGACAAGAACGAGUGUGUGUACAAGCUGUCGAGCUCCGUCAAGACGAACCGCGGCGUGGGCAAGAUCGCCAUGACCCAGAAGCGCCUGUUCCUCCUGACGGAAGGGAGACCGGGCUACGUGGAGAUUUCCACCUUCAGGAACAUAGAGGAAGUGAGAAGUACCACCGUAGCUUUUCUGCUUCUGAGAAUACCCACUUUAAAAAUUAAAACGGUGUCCAAGAAAGAAGUGUUUGAGGCUAACCUGAAGACGGAGUGUGACCUGUGGCACCUGAUGGUGAAGGAGAUGUGGGCCGGGAAGAAGCUGGCUGACGACCACAAGGACCCGCAGUACAUCCAGCAGGCGCUGACGCACGUCCUGCUGAUGGACGCCGUGGUAGGCACGCUGCCGUCGCCCGGCGCCAUCUACGCCGCCUCCAAGCUGUCUCACUUCGACAGGAUGAAGAAUGAAAUGCCCACGGCGGUUCCAAAGACGACCUCGGAGACCCUGAAGCACAAGAUCAACCCUUCGGCGGGAGAGACUCUGCCCCGCGCCGUGGACGUCUUGUUGUACACCCCGGGGCACCUGGACCCAGCAGAGAAAGUGGAGGACGCCCGCCCCAAGCUGUGGUGUGCUCUGAGCGAGGGCAAAGUGACCGUGUUUGACGCCUCCUCCUGGACGGUCCACCAGCACUGCUUUAAAGCGGGCAAUUCCAAGGUGAACUGCAUGGUGAUGGCGGAGCAGAACCAGGUGUGGGUCGGCUCCGAGGACUCGGUCAUCUACAUCAUCAACGUCCACAGCAUGUCCUGCAACAAGCAGCUCACCGACCACCGCUCCGGCGUCACGGACUUGGCCGUGCAGAGCGGGACGCCCAGCAAGGUGUACUCGAGCAGCACGGACGGGACCAUCCUGGCGUGGAACGCGAGCACCCUGCGGGUGACCAACAGGUUCCAGCUGCCCGGCGGCAGGCUCUCGUCCAUCAGCCUGCAUGACGGCUGCCUCUGGUGCUGCACAGGGAACAGUAUCGUGGCCAUGACGUCCAGCGGACUCCUUUGUCAAGAACUGAAGGUCAGCGAGAACUUCAAGGACAUCAGCACGUCCUUCCUCAGCUUCCAGCUCCUCCCGGAGCAGGAGCAGCUCUGGGCGGCCUGUGCCGGCCUCGACAGCAUCUACACGUGGAGCCUGAAGGACCUGACCCAGCGGCCUCAGGCGGUUCACCUCCAGGACUGCUCCGAGGUCAGCUGCAUGAUCAGGGUGAAGCAGCAGAUCUGGGUCGGUGGCACAGGCCUGGCACAGGGAAAGUCCAAAGGGAAAAUCUACGUGAUCGACGCCGAGAGGAAGACGGUGGAAAAGGAGCUGGUGGCCCACGUGGACACGGUGAAGACCCUGUGCUCGGCGGAGGACAGAUACGUGCUGAGCGGGUCGGGCAAGGCGGAAGGGAAGAUCGCCAUCUGGAAAGUCGAGUAAACGUGGGUGAACAUGCUGAGCAGCGCGGUGUCCCGCCCCUGCCGGCGCCCCCUCAGGAAGGUGGGGGAGGGGAGCCAGUCCGGCCCCCCAUGGGGGAGGGCGGUGUGCUGCUCUCCUGAGUCCAACAGCCAGCUUGGGGUGGUUCUCCGCAGGCAGCUGGAUCAACUUGCUAAUAGGCUCUGCCGUGAAGUUACCCUGUGUGUUGUCUAGAAAGUUCCAGAACUCACGACUAGGGGCCAGCACCAGCGCGGGAGGGAAGUGAUUUAGCCCCAUCACGUGUGACCGGCAGACCUCAAGUCUCUGGUGUGCGUUUCCUCUGCUUCGUUCACUCAGCAAGUGUCUAGUGAGCAUCAGCGGGCAGGGGACCUGCCACCUUCGGCGACCGCUUAUUUCCAGCACGUGCGUUUUGAGAGGAGGUGCUUUUUACAUGACAACCUUGUGGCUGAAGAGACUGGUGGCUGCCCUCGCUGGGCCUGCUCAGAGCAGGUGACCCAGGACGGCCCAGGGAGGGGACGGCACCAGGCUCAGGGUGUGCGUCCAGGCUGGGCUGAGGCAAGCCCUGUGCUUCUUUAACUAGUGUCCGGUCUUUGUGAUGAAGAGACCUAGAGAGACUGGGCUACCAAAGAUCACUGGCGAGGAGUUCCACCGAAAAGAGCCAUGAUCGAAUUUUCUAGUGACGUUGCUGCCACUCAGUCACAUAUAUUUCUACCAUCUGCAUCUUGUCUGUUGCCGUAGAUGGUCCAUUAUUUAUCUGAAAUGAUCUUAUUAGCUAUAAAUUAAGUAUUUGCAAAAAAAGACCUCUUACACAUUUUUACUAUUAUAUCGAGAUAUCCCUUCCUCAGUGUCCAGGAGGGAGCGGAUAUCCCCCCGACAGCACCGAGUGAGGGUCGGUCCCUGUCCCCCAGUGGACCCACCAUGAGCUCAGCCGCAGAAGGGGCCGCUGGACCCUCUGCCCUGGGCUUGUCGGACUCAGAAGCCAUGCUGACCCUGAAAGGUCAGAGGGUGUUUGCCAGCCCCCGGGAUGGGGCUGAGCUCAGAGUGUCCGGAGCCUCCAGACGAAAGCUUAGACCAGGUCUUGCUCUGCAGAACUUACGUGCUUUGCAUGGUCCAUAUCACGGACCCAGAUUUUGGGGUGUUCUGGGAAUGUGGUGCAGAGAACAGCCAGGCGGCCUCAUGCCCCCAUGACUGUGCUUACAAAGAAGGGGUGUUCCUGACUUCUGGAAGGGAGACUCUGCUGUAGCAAAGGACACAAGGUUGAAUUCUGCUUUUGUGAACAUGUGAAAAAUUACAGUCAAAUCCGGUCAGAAACACUCAUAAAUUAUUGAAUGUCAGUCCACACGUAACCAGCUGUUUUUACCUGUCGAUAAUAAAUUCCUUCGUUUAUUAAACACUGAUGUCCGAGACCCUCACUUUUCCCACAUUCGCUGGUGGGUGAGAGCCAUAAAGUAAGCCAGGGCCGUUCGGGGUUUGCCCUGGAUUCACACGACGCGCACUUCCAGUUACUUUAAUGCCAACUUUUCGUUCCCUUUACUCUUGGUGAUAAUUUCCAAGAUCUUACGCGACAGUGACAGAAGGGCCGGUGGGGGCUGUUAGGUGAAAGGUCACUUUCUGCCUUCAGUGUCCCCUCUGUGCUCAGGGGACCAUCCGUGUUGAACGCCUUGUCCCGGGAAGCCCCAGGGGAGCUGGCAUCCGUGAGCCGACGCCUUCCCCGCCUUGGCUCCAGAAACCGGAAUUAAGUUGGUACCAAAAAAAAAAAAGUGUUUAUCUUGAAUGGGAAGCCAGUUCUACUAGGAUUUCAGCGCUCCAGCCGUAUCUCGAA